CGUGGAGGGUUCUGGGUGCUGAAAUCCGGGGCCUGUGUGGAGGAUCCCGGGUAGUGCGCUCGCGUGGACGGCCACGCCGAGGCGCAGAGCCUCCGUCUGCAUCCGGCAGAGGACGCGGAGCCCCCGUCCCCGCCCGCCGUCCGUCCCCGGAGCAGCCCUCCGAGGGCUUCCCUUCCCCAUGGAGAGCAGGAAGGCGGCUCUGGGACCCUGGAAGGCCGGCAGAGAGGCUUUUGUGACGUUUGAGGAUGUGGCUGUGGAUUUCACGCAGAAGGAAUGGGAGCUGCUGAGCCCUGCGCAGAGGACCCUGUACAGACACGUGAUGCUGGAGAACUUCAGCCACCUGGUGUCGCUGGCAGGAAUUCCCUGUUCUAAACCGGACCUCAUCACGUGGCUGGAGCGAGGGGAAGAGCCCUGGAGGGAAGAGAGGAGACACCGGCCAGGCCCUGGUCCAGCAGAAGCAAAGCCAGAAAUCCAUCUCUCUCCCUGCUGCCCACUGACCUCCGCUCAGCACAUCCUCUUGAGGCACACGAUUCACGACCAUUCUGCUCAGAUGUCUGCAGGUGCACGUGCAACAAAUAACCCACAGCCGAGGAAUCCUGGGCUGGAGCACCAGGAAAAAGAGCAGGAAGAACUCUCUCAGCAGAGCGACCAGAGUGAUAGGGCAGAAGGUCAAGAGACAGAAAACUCCCAGACCUUGCUGAGGAGGGGGAGUCAGAUGUCUGGGAUACCUUCCAGCCCACACCCCACCCAGGCAGUAAGUCUGGGGCAAAGGAACUCAGUGGUGGAAAUAGAGGGCAGCCAAGCCCAGAAGGUAAAUCCUAAAGAAACAGGCAAAGUUUUUGAAGGAGUAGGAAAUUCAGGGUGGGAGGGGUUCAUGCAUGCGAAUUGUGGGCAAGGCUUUAGCCAGAAGACAGACGUACUCGAACACAGAAAAGCACAUCAUGGACAGAAUCUUUUAACAUGCAGGGAGUGUGGACAGGACUUUACUGAUAAGUCAGCACUCUUCUUGCACCUGAAGAUGCACCCAGGAGAGAUUCCAUAUAUGUGCAGGGAGGGUGGGCCAGACUUCAGCAGUAAGUCAAACCUCGUAACACACCAGAGGACACACUCUGGGGAGAAGCCUUUUCUGUGCAAUGAGUGUGGGCUACGGUUUUCCCAUAAAUCAGCCUUGAGAUACCAUUGCAUGACACACUCAGGGGAGAAGCCUUUUGUGUGCAAGGAGUGUGGCAAAGGCUUCAUCCAAAAAUCAGCCCUGAUGUCCCACCAAUAUACACACUCAGAAGAGAAGCCUUUUGUGUGCAAGGAGUGUGGGAAAGGCUUUACUCAUAAAUCAAACCUGAUGCACCACCAGAGGACUCACUCAGGGGAGAAGCCCUUUGUGUGCAAUGAGUGUGGCAAACGCUAUUCCCAUAAAAAACACCUGACCCGCCACCAGUAUAAACACUCAGGGGAGAAGCCUUUUGUGUGCAAGGAGUGUGGGAAAGGCUUUACCCAAAAAUCAAGCCUAGUCGCCCACCAGUGGUUACACUCAGGGGAGAAGCCUUUUGUGUGCAAGGAGUGUGGGAAAGGCUUUAAUCAUAAAUCAAACCUGAUGCACCACCAGAGGACUCACUCAGGGGAGAAGCCUUUUGUGUGCCAGGAGUGUGGGAAACGCUUUAUGUGUAGAUCAAUCCUGAUGUACCACCAGAAGACUCACUCAGGGGAGAAGCCUUUUGUGUGCAAGGAGUGUGGGAAAGGCUUUAUCCGUAAAGCAGAACUGAUGCACCACCAGAAGACUCACUCAACGGUGAAGCCUUUUGUGUGUAAGGAGUGUGGGAAAGGCUUUAUCCAUGAAUCAGACCUGAUGUACCACCAGAGGACACACUCGGGGGAGAAGCCUUUUGUGUGCAAGGAGUGUGGGAAAGGCUUUAUCCGUAAAUCAACCCUGAUGUGCCACCAGAGGACUCACUCAGGCAAGAAGGCUUUUGUGUGCACGGAGUGUGGGAAAGGCUUUAUGUAUAAAUCAGUCCUUAUAGAGCACCAUAGGACUCACUCAGGGGAGAAAGCUUUUGUGUGCACGGAGUGUGGGAAAUGCUUUACCCAUAAAUCAAACCUGAUGUGCCACCAGAAGACUCACUCUGGGGAGAAGCCUUUUGUGUGCAAGGACUGUGGGCAAGGAUUUUCCCGAAAAUCAUCCCUCAAAUCCCAUUGGAGUACACACUCAGGGGAGAAGCCUUUUGUGUGUAAGACGUGUGGGCUUGCCUAUAAACGAAAAUUAGGCCUGAUCUCCCAUGAGAGGACACACUCAGGAGAGAAACCUUUUGUGUGCAAGGAGUGUGGGCGAAGCUUUUACCAUAAACCAUCCCUGUACUCCCACCAGCGUACACAUUCAGGAGAGAAGCCCUUUGUGUGCAGGUAUUGUGGGCAGAGUUUCAGGUGGAAGCCCAGUCUCAUAAACCAUCAGAAUAAACACUUGGGGGUGAAGCCUUUUGUGUGCAGGUACUGUGGGCGAAAUUUCAGCAUGAAGUCAUAUCUCCUACGUCAUCUGAAGACACACUCAGGUGAGAAGCCUUUUGUUUGCAAGGAGUGUGGACAAGCCUUUACCCGAAAAAAAUCUCUUCUCGCCCACCAGUGGAGACACUCGGGGAAGAAGCCAUUUCUGUGCAAGCACUGUGGGAAAGCCUUUGCCCACAAAUCAUCCCUGACAACCCACAAGUGGAAACACUCAGAGGAGAAGCCUUUUGUGUGCAAGGACUGUGGGAAAGGCUUUCUCCACAAAUCAUCUCUUACCUACCACCUGAGGACGCACUCGGGGGAGAAGCCUUUUGAGUGCAGGGAGUGCGGACAAGGGUUUUUAAAUAAAUCAUCUCUUACCUCCCACCUGAGGAGACACUCGGGGGAGAAGCCUUUUGAGUGCACGGAGUGUGGUGUAGGUUUUUUCCACAAGGUAUCCCUCGUCUACCACCAGCGGAAACACUCAGGAGGAACCUUUUGUGUGUAGUCAUUGUGGGCGAGGUUUUCAGAGUAAAUCGAAUCUCCAGAGACAUCAGAAGGUACACUCAGGGGAGAAGCCUUUUGUAUGAAGGGAGUGUGGCCAAGUCCCCAGUGCACACAUGGAGGAAAGGGCCCAUGUGUGCUUCAUGGAGAGGAACGUGAGCCAUAAUCACACGUGUGGGUGUUAGAGGUUCCACUCAUCAGGGAAGCACUUGUGUGCAGCGUGUGGCCAAAGCAUUAGUCGAUGGCUGACCGUCCGCACCUCAGGGUCUGCCUAUGGUGGUCAACCAUUCCCGUGAAGUAACCGCUGCUGUGCAAAGCUGCAGCUGAGCCCGUGACCCCGCUUGCGGAUGCAUCACGCAGGCCAAGGAGAUCCGCAGGUCUACCAAGACUUGAACUUGGAGAUGCUCCCCAUCCAUGAAAAUUAAGUCUCCGUGGUUCUGAGUAUUUAAGGCAGAUUCUGACACACAAUGUCCAGGUUUGAGAAGCAGACAGCAGGGAAGGGGAGGGGAGCGAAUUACCCGGGAUCCUGGGGAAAUGUCUCUCCUGCAGACCGGGUCUUGUGACUGACUGAUCUUCCCGUGGGCAGCCCUGAGCCGGUGAUUGCAGCCCGGGGAUAAGGGCAGGGCUGUUGCUGACACGCCCUCCCUGAGGCUACCCAGCUGUCCGGGGCUCUUCCACCAAACGCUCCUGUUGCCUCCCGUCUCCCACCAGCCUCACCUCCUCCCCAUGUUCUCCCGCAUUCUCUGUCCAGAUAAAAGCCUUCUUUUAUUCAGUGUCA